AUGACUCUGUUUGAGCCUCAUCUCAACGGAUCGCCAACACGGCUCCAAGAGAUCGAUGCCGCCUUCGUCCGAGCCCACGGCAUCCUCUUCUCCGGCCGCAAUCAAGAACAAUUCGCACCCUCCGUUGAUGAGUUCAUUGGUAGUCUCGAUAACCACAUUGGACGUACCACGCGACGAUGGAUGGAGAGCGGUUACUACAUCGGCAUCGCCCUAGGAUGCUCCCUUUUGGAGUAUGGCAGCGAAUCUAACGUCAUUAUGCGUACGAUCAAGUCAGGAGCACGCACCGACGAACCAGAUACGGCAAUGCAGGGCGUUGAAGCCGCCGCCCCAUCCCAGAAGUUUCUUGAUGCCCUCGACUUCGCCUGCCGCACGCACGAUGUCGUCUUUCGCCGCUUCGGUGACCCCAGCGUCACCCCGUAUCUUCACGUCACCCUCUCCUUCCUUCAUCAUCUUUCAAAAUUCCCCGUCGCCAUGGCUCAUAUCGAGUCCAAGAUCCCCUGGAAGCUCAUCUCACUCAUGCUCAACACUCUGGUCGGCACUUGCUCACGUUUUGACAAGAUUGAGGGUGAGACCUUUCCCCGAAACGAGAAGGAAAGCCCACGCCCGCUACCCGACGAUUUCGCCCAGCGUGGUCUUCUCUGGGUGGAGAAGUACUACCCGGCUGACUGGUUUACCGCCGCGAAGAUCGAUGACGAAGAGAAGUAUUUUGAAGUAGCGUCUAUGAUGGAAGAGAGGCAGGACCGUUGUCUCUGGCUUGGAGUUCGUUUGGCCUCGACAGGCGCGUGGCUUACCUACGAUAAGAACCUGAGACAGUUCAGCGUCGCAUCACGAUAUGCUGUUGAGAUUGCCAACUUGCCGACGGUUUCGGAAACAGAUAGUGGUACACCGACACAACCCAAUACAUUGGGAAGCCGAGAUGACGGCGAUGUGGACAUUCCGGAUGCCCCUAUUGAGUAG